AUGGCCAUCUUUGAGAACCAUGUCUCGCUUCCUUCCAGAUACAAGGACUGGGGCCUUCCCGUGGUAAAGAAAGAUCGGCCCAGCGCCCAGUGCGCGCCCGCACCCCGUCCCCGCCGAGGGGGCGCCGCCCGCUCCCCCGCGGGCCCCGCCCCCGCGGCCCCCGCCCGGACCCCGAUACCCACCCGGGUCCCGCAGCGGGGGCCCGAUUCGCGCCGGCUCCCGGAGCCGCCGCCGCCGCCGCCGCCGCCGCCGCCGCCACCGGGACCCCAACCCGGCCCCGGACUCCAACCCGGCCUCGGGCCUAGCCCCGCCCCUGGUCCAACCCGGACCCCAACCCGGACCCGGACCCGGAACCUGCCCAACCGGCGCAACCCGGCCCCCAACCCAGACCCCGCCUCCCCCCCCCCACCCAACCCGGCCCCCAGCCCGGCCCCGGGCCCAGACCGGUUCCCCGCCGAACCCUCUCCCCCCAACCCCUUGCUCCCGGUCCCCUCCCUCUAUCCCCUCGCUCGGGUCGCGGGCUCCCGAAACCCCGGGGCUCGCUCGGCGCGCAGUAACCAUGGCAACCACUAUGCUCGGCCGUGCCUUCGCCGAGAGUUUGCGUCCUUGUACAGAAAGCAGGAGAGCGCGGAGGCUGGUGGCAGGAUCCCUACCUGCCUGAGGUCUCAGCUGGAAGGCGAAUCAACUUCUGAAGGAGAAGAGGCCCAGAAUAAUGAAGGCGACAGGGUGUCACCCACAGGGAAGACCGGUGACCAAAACAUUGACGAAGCUGUUGGUGCUGCCGAGCUUUCUGAAGAGGAAAUUGAAGCCUCUGGGAAAGUCACAACUGAAGGAGAAAUCGAAACUGAGGGAGAAGUGGAAACGGAGGGGGACGUGGAAACUGAGGGAGAAGUGGAAAUUGAGGGAGAAGUGGAAACUGAGGGAGAAGUGGAAACGGAGGGGGACGUGGAAACUGAGGGAGAAGUGGAAGCUGAGGGAGAAGUGGAAAUUGAUGGAGAAGCGGAAAUCAGUGGAGAAGUAGAAACGGAAGAGGACUUUGAAUUUGAAGGGGAGGAAGUCGAAUUUGAAUUUGAAGGGGAAUUCGAAUCCGAUGUGGAAGCUGCCUCCCCUGAAGGGAAAGUCAGCUCUGUAGAUCUGGCUCAUUCAGAAGUCGGUGCUGGGGCGGUGCCCCAAGAGGAAGCGGGCCCCACAUACCCGGAUGAACAUGUAGGGAGGGAACGUGUUCCUGAAGACAGAGAAGCCCCCCGUCCAUCAGAAUCCAGAGAUUUGGGGGACAUCUCCACACAGCCAUCCCGGCAAGUAGUAGACUCACCCGAGCAAAUAGGCCGGGAUGCUUCUGGACUCAGAGCUCGCAGAUCGAAAAUAUCCGGUGAAGGGCUCCAGCAGGAAGUCUUUCCUCUGGGGGCACGACACCGCCUCCGACUGAGCCAGGGGAGCAGCAUCACCUCCUCAGACUUUGACGAGCUGCUCUUGAGCACGGAGGAGCCCUUCAUCCAGGAGCUAGAUGGCCCCCCAGAGGAGCCUGGUGCGCAGCCGGGGAGAGGAGCCCCGCCGGCCUUCCUGGACCAGAUCCAGCAGCUGGGCACCGCCGAAGAAGGGACUGUCGAGAGAAUGGAGUCGGAGGGGAGUGACGAGGCCGAGGAAGACAGACACCAGCUGGUGGUUCUGGACCCCGACCACCCCCUGAUGGUAAGGUUCCAGGCUGCGCUGAAGAGCCAUCUUAACCGCCAGAUAGAGAAGCUGAAACUGGAACUUCAAGAGCUGAGUGUGGCCACCAAGCAAAGCCGCGUGCAGCGACAGGAGCUGGGCGUGGACCUCUACGGAGUCCAGCAGCACCUGGCCCGCCUGCAGAUGCAGCUCGAGAAAAACCACGACCUCCACUCGGUUGCGGCGUGCGCCAGGCGGCAGAGGGAGGAGGAGCUUCAGAGCGCGCGCCUCCGCUACGCCAGGACCUGCGAGACCGCCAACGACGAGCGCAAGAAGCUGGCGGCUCUGCAAGCCGAGUUGGAGAGCCUGGCUCUGCAUCUCUUCUACAUGCAGAACAUAGACCAGGACUUGCGCGACGACAUCCACGUGAUGAAGCAAGUGGUGAAGAAGUCCGAGGUGGAGCGAAUGCGGGCCGAGGUGGAGAAGAAGAAGCAGGACCUUCACGUGGACCAGCUCACCACCAAAGCCAACCAGCUGGAAGAGCAGAUCGCGCUGCUGGAGGCUCAGAGCUCUGCCCAGGCCGAGGACACGCGGGCUCUCAGGAAAGCCGUGAGCGAGGCCUGCACGGAGAUAGACGCCAUCAACAUGGAGAAAAGGCACAUCCUGCAGCAGUGGGCCACCUGCCUGGUGGGCAUGAAGCAUCGCGACGAGGCCCACAGGACCAUCCAGGAGGCACUCAGCGAAUGCCAGCACCAGAUCACAUCCAUCGACGGGGAGAUCGAGGCCUACAAGAAAUCCAUCAUGAAGGAGGAAGAGAAGAAUGAGAAGCUGGCGGGCAUCCUGAACCGCGAGGAGACAGAAGCCAACCUGAUGCAGAAACUAACCACGCAGUGCCUGACCAAGCAGGAGGCUCUGCAGAACGAGUUCAACACCUACCGGCUGGUGCUGCAGGACACGGAGGACACGCUGGGCAAGGCCCAAGUGGAGUACGCGGCCACCAUGGGCGACCUGCAGUCGGUCCACCAGACCAUCCGGCACGAGCUAGAGCUGAGGCGGAGGAUGGACGCCUCCAUAUUGGAGAAGCUGCAGGGGCACAUGACCUCCAACAAGAUGACCAAGUACUUCCAUCAGAUCAUCCUGAAGCUCCGGAAGCAAAAGACCAACCUGGUGACACAUCUUUCCAAAAUUGACGGCGACAUUGCUCAGACCACCCUGGACAUCACAAACACCAACUGCAGGCUGGACAUGCACCAGAAGACACUGGUCGAGCUCGACAAGGAAGUGAAAAAGGUCAAUGACCUCAUCACCAGCAGCGAGAACGAGAUCUCUAGGCGCACAAUCCUGAUUGAGAGAAAGCAAGGCCUCAUCAACUUCUUCAAUAAGCAGCUGGAGCAGAUGGUUUCUGAGCUGGGGGGGGAAGAAGUGGGGCCUCUAGAGCUUGAAAUCAAAAGGCUGACCAAGCUGAUCGAAGAGCACAACACCAACGUGACGCAGGCCCAGGUGACCUGGCUCCGCCUGCAGCAAGAGAUGGUGAAGGUCACUCAGGAGCAGGAGGAACAGCUGGUGUCUCUGGACAUGUUCAAGAAGGAGAUGCACAUCCUGGAGCAGAAGAAGCUGCGGAUAGAAAACAAGAUCGCUCAGGAGAAGAAGGAGCAAAAGGAGAUCGAGCGCCACAUGAAGGACCUGGACAACGACCUGAAGAAGCUCAACGUGCUGAUAAGCAAGAACCGGAGCAGCUCCGAGGGGCUGCAGCAGGACAACCUGGUGAUGGAGAAGGAGUUCGUGCGCGCGCUGAAGGCCUCGGAGAGGGAGACCAUCGAGAUGCAGGAGAAGCUGAACCAGCUGCAGGAGGAGAAGGCGGCCACUCUGAGCAACCUGGUGGAGGCGGAACACCAGAUCAUGCUUUGGGAGAAAAAAAUCCAGCUGGCAAAAGAGAUGCGUGCAUCGGUGGACUCCGAGACCGGCCAGACAGAGAUCCGAGCCAUGAAGGCGGAGAUCCACAGGAUGAAGGUCAGGCAUGGGCAGCUGCUGAAGCAGCAGGAGAAGAUGAUCCGUGACAUGGAGCUGGCCGUUGCCCGCAGAGAGACCAUCUCGACUCAGGCCAAGGGGCAGUCCAAGGUGGACAAGAAAUUGCUCACCCGGACGGACUUCCACCACCAGCAGACAGAGCUGCGACGCAAGAUCAGGGACAUUCACAAGGCCACCGAGGAGUGCACCAAAGCCAUCUUGGAACUGGAGGAAACUCAAAAAAACCUGAGCAGCUCCCUCUUGGAGAAGCAGGAACAGCUGUCAACAAUGCAGUCCAGCAUCGACGAGUUGGAGGCCGACCUGGACCGGCUCUUGGCCCUCAAGCAACAGAACCUGUCGGAGCUGGUGGCCCUGCAGACGCGGGUCAAGCACCUCCAGGCUGUGAAGGACGGGAGGUACGUGUUCCUGUUCCGCUCCAAGCAGCUGCUGCUGGCCGAGCACAGACGCCUGGACAACCGACUGGGCGUCAUCAGCACCAUCCUCGACCACGUGAAGGGCGAGUACCCCCAGUUCCAGGAGGCCCUGCUCAAGGUCAGCCAGACCAUCGCCAGCAAGCUCCAGCCGUCUGAGUCCCCCUAGAGAGCAGCCUGGACCCCCACCUUCCACGGCCUGCUCCUCCCCCCCCCCCCCCCACCGUGGAAGAGACCAGAAUUCUGUGUAUCAAGCCAUGUCCACCCUCAGAGAGUGACGCCCUUUUAGAGAAAC